AUUCGAAUCGCGAUACUUGACACAGGAAUUGAUACCACCGACAAGAUGAUUGGGCCCGCUAGCAGAUCAAGAAUUAAAGCUAAGCGAAGUUGGGUUGGAUCAAUUGAAGAUUACGAAGACAGAUAUGGUCAUGGAACACAUGUUACUCGCCUCCUGCUUAAAAUGGCUCCAGCUGCAGAUAUCUACAUCGCCAAGAUUACGGACGGUAAGACAGUGGACGCGAAAGAUAUGGACCGAAUUGCUGAGGCUAUCGAUUGGGCAAUGAAAGAAUGGAAAGUGCACAUCAUAUCAAUGUCGUUUGGUUAUGAAAGCAAGAAGCAGGCUAUUGAAGAUGCUAUCGAAAGAGCCUCCAAAGCCGGCAUUCUAAUGUUCGCGGCUGCCUCCAAUGAAGGGGGCAAUAGAAGAGACCGCUCUCGUCCUGGUCGAAACCCUGAGGUUAUUUGUAUACACGCCUGUGAUGGUAAGGGCAACAGAGGAGAUAUGAAUCCGAAUCCACAACGAAAUGAAUACAAUUUUACUGCUCUUGGUGUCGCCGUUAAAUCAUACUGGAAGAAGAAAAAGGUAUAUAAAUCUGGAACCUCGUUUGCUACUCCCGUAGCAGCGGCCUUUGCCGCAGAUAUUUUGGAAUUUGCAAAUUUCAGGUGUGAGCUCAAAGAAGAGGAUAAGAAGCUACUCUAUAAGAAGCAUGGAAUGCAAGCAGUGUUCCGUUCUAUGUCAAACGAGCGAGACGAGUAUGAUUACCUGCAACCCAACCUAUUAUGGGACGAUGGCGAUGACGAUGACAAGGUAGCUGCAAAAAUCGGAAAAAUACUGGCGUCACUAUAA